ACAGUAGAAAGGAACUUUGUCAUUCUGGUAAUAAGACGAAAGAAAAUAUUUGUUAUUCCGUGUUAUUAUUAUUUAUAAAUACAAUGAAAUAAUGUCUGGAGGUUUUAUUCAUUCUGUUAAAGUUCCAAGAAUUUAUAAGACAGCUGCAAAUAUUGUUAAACAAGUCACUGAAGACGCAGCAAGUUUAAAACAGUUAAUUUACGAUCAAAAACAUUUGAACGUAAAAGCACUUUAUGCUUUGACUGCAAUUACUCUCCAACAUGCAUCACAAUUGGAAGAAAUAAUUAGGAACACUCAAAUAUUGUCCAAAGAAAGUCGAUUGGACCCAUGGCUAGCCAGAAUUCUUAUUAGCGAAUUAUUUUGGGGGAAACAAUCUUUAAAAUCAAAUGCUAAGCCUGUUUUAACGAUUCAAAAUUAUGAGAGUCUACUCAGAGAAGAAUUAAAUAAAAUAAAUCAGACUUCAUCGGAUUCAUUCACUAAUAAAAGAGUGAAAAAGCCAAGAUUUGUUCGUAUAAAUACAUUAAUAUUAAAUAUUGAUGAAGCAAUUCACGGAUUCAAAGAAGAUGGAUAUAUACAAUUACCUCGAUCCAACAAUUAUAACACUUAUCUCAAAUCAUUGGACAAUUUGGGUACUUGGGAAUUUAUUCAAGAUUUUCAUAUUCCAGAAUUAAUUGCUUUUGCUCCUGGCACCACAUUUCAUGAUCAUUCUGGAUAUCAUACUGGUGCUAUUUUACUUCAGGAUAAAGCAAGCUGUUUGCCAUCUUUUUUACUAAAUCCAACACCAGGAUCAGUUGUUCUUGACACCUGUGCUGCACCAGGAAUGAAAACAACUCAUUUAGCGGCUAUUAUGAAGAAUGAAGGAAAAAUUUAUGCAAUUGAAAAAAAUAAUAGAAGAUAUGAAACAUUAUGUCAGUUCAUUGAAUUAACAAAGGCUCAUAUUGUAGAAACGAUUCAUGAGAAUGCAUCUUACGUAGACUCAAAACGUUGUCCUGAUGUUGAGUUUAUUUUAGUUGAUCCUAGUUGCUCAGGGUCAGGCAUGGAUCGACCUGAAUUUGAUCAAAAUGAUAGAAAAUGUGAUCCAAAUCGUUUAAAGAGCUUACAAUCGUUCCAAGUAUUUAUGCUUAAACACGCACUAUCAAAUUUUCCCAAAGCUAAAAAAGUUGUUUAUAGCACGUGUUCUAUUUAUCCUGAAGAAAAUGAAAUGGUGAUAGAUGAAAUUCUUGCUGGAGUUAAGAAUUCAUGGCAAUUGGUACCAAUAACAAAAUUAUUACAUAAUAAAUGGAACAAUUAUAGUUCUAUGGAAUUUAAUUGUAAAAACAACUGUUUAUAUGCUAAAUCUGAUGAGGAUUUAACAAGUGGAUUUUUCGUCGCUAUCUUUGAAAGAAACUUCGAUAUACCAGUUCCUGAAUUCAAAAAACAUAAAGUAAUUUUGGAAAACCAUCAGCAUCAGCUAGAUAUUGAUAAAUGUUUUAGUAACCAGUCGAAGAAAAAUAAUGAAAACAAAUUGAAACUAAAGUUCAUUGAUGACAGUGAACCUAAAAAAAAUUACAACAAUAAAGAAGAGAAAAGUAGCAUGAUCGAGAUUAUUCCCAUGAAAGCAACGACAGAUGAAAAAUUAAACAAGAAGAACAUAAAAACUAAUGACAAAAGAAAAAGAAUUGAAGAAUUAAAUGAAAACUUACAGACUGAUACUGAUAAUGGCUAUAAAAUGAAAAAAAAGAAAAAAAAAAAAACAAUUUGAAAAUGAAUAUCAAACUGUAGAAAUAAAAAGGUCAGGCAGAAAGAUCGAUAGUUAUGGAGCAUGAAGAAACUUCAGAUGGAAAUAAUACAAAAGACAACAAAUUACAGAAAAAAAAGAGACAACAUUCAGUUAAUGACGACGAAUAUAGUAGAAAAACAAUCCCUAAAAACAAAAACGACUUUAAUAGAAGCAAAAAUAAAUAAAAUAGGAUUAAAAUAUGGAAAGCCAGAACAAUGUGCCUCCUAAAGUAAAGAACAAAAAUUAUAACAAAUUAUUGUAGAAAUUUUUGUCGUGUUUUUGGCGUCAUGACAAAAUAUAUUAUCAAUUUUUCGAGAUUUAAAAUACAUAUUACUAUCAAUAAAAAAUUAUAAACUUUAUUAUUGAAAAAAAAAAAAAAAAAUUAAACAAAGCAGAAUAAUAAUAU